CCCGGCACACACACACACACACACACACACACACGGCUGCAGUUCACUUCAUUGUACUGACUGCGCUCAUCAAUUAGGCAAGAAAUAAGAUUUUUUUUUUUUUUAAAGGAUUAACCAAAUUUCCUGUGAGCACUUCGGAGAGGACGUUUUACACCGCGGACGGAAGGUGCGGAUUAAGUUUUUGAGUGCGGGGGGGAAAACGCCGGAGAGAAACGACACACAGCCAUGCCCUCAGUGAUGGAGCGCUCGGGGUCCGGGGUCCUGUCCAGGAGCAGAGCUAAGACUGUAACCAAUGGCAACAGCCAACCCCACUCGGAAGAGGAGAGCAGCGAUGAAGAGCAUGCUCACGACAGCAUGAUCAGAGUGGGAGGAGACUACCAAGCUCAGAUUCCAGAGUUCAAACCAGAUAGUCCAACCCGCCACAAUGAGAGGGACCAGAGGAGCAUGUUGGUGUGGUGCCCCAACGGUCAGCUGUCUGAUGCCAUGUUGGACGAGUACAUCCUGAUGGCCAAAGAGAAACACGGAUACAACAUGGAGCAGGCCCUGGGCAUGUUGUUAUGGCACAAACACGAUGUGGAGCGCUCGCUCGCCGACCUGGCCAACUUCACCCCCUUUCCGGACGAGUGGACGGUGGAAGAUAAAGUGCUUUUUGAGCAGGCCUUCAGCUUCCACGGCAAGAGCUUUCACCGUAUCCAGCAGAUGCUUCCAGACAAGCUGAUCUCGAGCUUGGUGAAGUACUACUACAGCUGGAAGAAGACGAGGACCAGAACCUCAGUCAUGGACCGACAGGCCAGGAGGCUGGUUAGCAAGAGAGAGAAAGAGGACAGUAAUGAUGACCUGGAGGAAGGCGACCCUGGCAGUGACAGUGACUUUGAGAUUGACACAAAGAAAGAGGCAGUGAAACAGAAUCCAAACAACGCCAACUCCGACAAGGCGAUGCCCAGCCGCUCUGGGCCGGUGAAAAAGGAAAGCAUCGGGGCUCAGUACCGCCACCACCCGCUCCGGGCCCGCCGCAGGCCCCCCAAAGGCAUGUACCUCGAGCAGGGAGACAUCACGUCCCUGUCAGCUUCCAACGACGCAGGAGUGCUGACUGUACGGCAGCUGGACACACAGUUGGUAUCUCUCAAGAGACAGGUUCAGUCGAUUAAACAGAACAACAGUAGUUUGAAACAAAGUUUAAAUGAAGGCGUUGGUACUUUCAAACCUGCUGAGCCUGCACCUAAGAUGAACUCUCGUUGGACCACAGAGGAGCAACUCCUGGCCGUGCAGGCUAUACGUCGCUAUGGUAAAGACUUUACUGCCAUUGCUGAGGUGAUAGGAACCAAGACACCAGCUCAGGUGAGCUCUUUCUUUGUGAGCUACCGGCGCAGGUUCAACCUGGACGAGGUGCUGAGGGAGUGGGCGGCCGAGCAGGUGGCGACCAGCCGGGACCAGCGAGACCCCAGGAGGAGCGCUGAGGAGCUGUCGGCUGCUACAGAUGGAGCCGCAGACGAGGACGAGGUCAAGAUGGAAGACUCUCCCUCCGACCUCGCCGAGGGCUCCUCUCCCCCCUCCUCCUCCUCCUCCUCCUCCCAGACUCCCUCCUCCCUGUCCCAGCCGCCCCCCCUGCUGCGCCCCGCGCCUCCCUCGGCUCCCCCCAGCCUCCUCCGUCAGCCGCCUCCCCUGCAGACGCGCCCGCUCCAGAACCGAGCGCCCCACAACCACCCCCCGCCGCCGCUCAUCAGGCCCGCCGUGACCACCUCGUCCACCUCCGCCAACGGGAGCUCCAGCCUCAGGGCUUCACCUCCCAGCUCCACCUCCACCGCAGUGCAGGUGCCUCCGUCACUGGUCGGGCUGAAAGUGGAGCAGCCCAACUCCCACUGAUACACACACACACACACACACACACACACACACACACACACACACACACACACACACACACACACACACACACACACACACACACACACACACACACACACACACACACACACACACACACACACACACACACACACAAA